AUGUUGUGCCACCUUUUUGUUGAAUAGAGUGACUCGCACGGUCGAUGAUUAGGAUUACUAGAUUAUUUAUGUAAAAGCAUGAUAUAUUUUUCUAUGGAAUUCGUCGGAUAUCGGGAAACAUAACAAACAAAAAUCUUUUGUGUAAUCUGUUGACUGGUUUGUUUAUGAAUGAUACUGAAUUGUCUGGUAUAUAUAUAUUUGAGAGAGUCAAGCGAUCUAUCUACCUUUUAUGGUAACUCCUUGGAUUUAUUAUAUAAAUACCUCUCCCUCUUUUUUUUUUUUUCUUACUUGUCUGAUCUUUUUUUCCUUUUCCUUUCAUUCCGCUUUUUUUUUUCUCUCUCUCUUUCUCUCUAUCAUACACAUUUUGAGCAUCAAUACAAAGAAGAAAAAAAUAAAUCAUUACAUAUAUUCUCUCUAUUUUUCUUCUUUCUUGAUACUACAAACGCGCCUCCUAUUUUGACAUUUAUUAAUAUCGUCUUAAUUGUAUUACUUUCCUUUCCUUUCCAUCCUAAAGAAACUAUUUUUCCUAUUUAUUAUUUUAUUAUUAUGGAUACAUCACAUUUGCUGGAACUAAGUGAUUCUUCCUUCCGUGUACAAAGUCUAGAGCAACUUGUAUCUAUGUGGUCAGCAUUUUCAAAAUGUAGCGCUCAUCUGAAAAAUGGUACUAGAUUGGAAAAUCUAUCAUGGCGGAUGUGGCAUCAGAAACAACAAAAAGACCAUUUUGUCCAACCUAUCUUGUCACUGUCAGCUGGUGAUGCUUGCCACGAGGUCCCACAAAAGAAACAAACCCAGCAUGAUCAUGUGUCUGGCAAGAAUGAUUGGUCUAUUCCAUCCUCUUUGAAAACAAACAGGCUUUUGCCAACACCCCCAUCAUCUAAUAACAACAAAGACAAUCAUAGUCGUACCACUACACCUUCACUGACCAAUUCGUAUCAAUACCACGAUGAUGAUUUAGGUGAUGAUGAUUUAGACGAUAUCGAUGAUAUUUCUGAUGAUGAUUAUUACUAUGAUGAUGAUGACGACGAUGAAGAUUUUCUUUAUGAUGAUGAUGAUGAUGAUGAUGACGAUGUCGAUGAUGCUGGUCCAACAAAACAUGUUAUCAUGCAUGAACGUCGUCAUGACAAUCUACGCACAUUACAACAUUUUGAAAAAAGAUUACCACGACCUCUUCUUCAACGACCCUCUUUAUUAUCCGCCUUAUUUAAAACAUCUCCAUCAUCCCCCUCUUCCUCUUCAACCACAAGUAGUAGUAGUAGUAGUAAUGAUCCUCCCACUGAUCAUUUUUUAAAAAAAGAAUGGACAGAAAGUUUACGAAAUAAUGUUUUAUGGGAACAUGUUCAACAGAAAACAACCUUGUACACCAAUCGACAUUCUUAUUAUCCACCUCCUCCUCAUUCGUAUCGUCCUCCUCAUAGAUCACAUCACAAGAAAAAUAUGCUCCCAUCUGAUCAAGGAUGGCUGGAAAGCUUUCAUGGUUGGUGAUGCCCUCUAGUAUUACUUAUUCAUAUAAUUAAUCAUUCAUUCAUUCAUUCAUUCACUCUUUUAUAUACAUUUAUAUUAUUCAUUUCAUCUUUUGUAUAAAUAAAUGACUGGUUGUUUAUUUUUCAUUCAAACUUUUUUGUUGUCAAAAGUCAUACAUAAGCAUCAUCAUCUGGUCUUUGCUUUUCUAGACUCCUGUGGUCAUGAUCCAAAUAAAUAAAUAGGUGAUAU